UGCUGCGCAACUUGCAGCCAUGCAAGUAUCUCCUGGUGGAAAGAUAUCCGGCAUUCCCCAAAGCAACAUUGGUGCAGCAGUAUCGCCGACCAAUAUUCACACUGACAAGAUCGCAAUCAGCCCACCACCCAAAACCAAGGACGAUGUGGCCCAGCCGUUGAAUCUCUCAGCAAAGCCCAAGACAAACGACAGCAAGUCUCCCUCGUCACCUACUUCUCCUCACAUGCCAUCGUUGAGAAUAAACAGUGGGUGCAGCUCGUUGAAAUCUUCGAUGCCGGCAACGUUAGCUAGUCCAUCAGCCAGAGUCAACACAAUAGAUAUCCUCUCCUCCAUCACAUCAUCAGGUUACUUAAAUGAUCAUGAUGCUGUUACCAAGGCGAUUCAGGAGGCUCGGCAAAUGAAAGAACAGCUCCGGCGAGAACAACAGGUGCUGGAUGGAAAAGUUGCAGUUGCAAACAGUUUGGGUUUAAACAACUGCAGGACAGAUAAGAAACAGUGCUUUGAUGGUGCUGAUAUCAUCAAUAAUAUUAGGAAUAAUUGCAGUGGUAGCUGCAGUAGCAGCAGCAAUUGUGAUAUCCUCUCCUCCAUCACAUCAUCAGGUUACUUAAAUGAUCACGAUGCUGUUACCAAGGCGAUUCAGGAGGCUCGGCAAAUGAAAGAACAGCUCCGGCGAGAACAACAGGUGCUGGAUGGAAAGGUUGCAGUUGCAAACAGUUUGGGUUUAAACAACUGCAGGACAGAUAAGGACAAAACGACACUGGAGAAUCUGACUCAACAGCUGGCAGUCAAACAGAACGAAGACGGGAAAUUUAGCCACGCGAUGAUAGAUUUCAACAUGAGCGGAGACUCCGACGGAAGCGCGGGAGUCUCAGAAUCUCGGAUUUACCGAGAAUCCAGAGGACGUGGGAGCAACGAGCCGCACAUCAAGCGUCCGAUGAACGCCUUCAUGGUGUGGGCAAAAGACGAACGGCGAAAGAUCCUCCAGGCUUUCCCUGAUAUGCACAACUCCAACAUCAGCAAAAUAUUGGGAUCUCGCUGGAAAGCUAUGACGAACCUUGAAAAACAGCCAUACUACGAGGAGCAGGCGCGCCUCAGCAAACAGCACCUGGAGAAGUACCCAGACUACAAGUACAAGCCCAGGCCAAAGCGGACGUGCUUAGUAGAUGGCAAAAAGUUACGGAUCGGUGAAUAUAAGGCAAUCAUGAGGAACCGACGUCAAGAGAUGAGGCAAUAUUUCAAUGUGGGACAGCAAGCCCAGAUUCCUAUUGCGACAGCCGGUGUCGUCUACCCAGGAGCCAUCGCCAUGACAGGAAUGCCCUCCCCACAUCUUCCCUCCGAGCAUUCGAGUGUAUCUAGUAGCCCAGAGCCCGGGAUGCCCAUGAUCCAGAGCACUUACGGCAUCAAAAACGAGGAGACUUCUCACGUCAAAGAGGAGAUGCAGAGCGAGGACCUCAACGGCGAAAUGUACGAAGAUGAGGAGGACGAGGAAGAGGACCCCGAUGUAGACUACGGCAGUGAUAGCGAAAAUCACAUUGCGGGACAAGCCAACUGAUCACGGGUUCCCACUCUUGGUUUUGACCUCGGAGGACUUGAAUGGAGAGCUCCAUCUGGUUUCUUACCCAGUGGCCAAGCACAUGAACUUUACCCUCACACACUGACUGUUACUUAAAACUUUUUAGUCUUAACUAGUUUGGGACAUCAGCUUAUCAGGAGAUAUCAGCCUGCAUUGAGAACUU